GGCAAGGAACGCCUAGAAAAGAAAACUCAAGGGUUGGUCAUGUAUGUGUUUUGCUUCCCCUCUCAUCACUAGAGGGCAUAAUAAUUUUACAAACAUAAAAACAUUUGAUUCUCUAAGAACAAACUUAUCAUCUCCAAGCCAGUUGAGGCAAAGAGGUAUCUAGAAAGAGAGAGGGAGGGAGGAGACUCUUUGUAAAGAGAUUUUUUUUCCUUCUCUCUUUCUUGUUUUGUUAUCAAUCGAUUUAAUUGUCAUCUUCUCCUCUCAUCACUUGGGGAUAUAAUAAUUCUACGAACAUAAAAACGUUUGAUUCCUGGAUAACAAACUUAUCAUCCCCAAGUCCGUUGAGGCAAGGGGGAUACGCAGAAAGAGACGAGGAAAGAGACUUUCUUUAUCAUAAAAGAAGUUUUUUUUUUUUUCCCUAUCUCUUUCUUGAUAUAAUUUUUUCCUUUCGAUUUCUUGUCAUUUUUAUGUUAGUGUCUCCAACUAAUAUUUAAGUACGUGAAAAAGAUAAUCUGGCUUCAUAUAUGUUACUUCAAAGACAAGCCAUGAGAAAGUUGUGUCCUAAUUUUGACAAGGCAGAUGGGUUGGAUACGGUUCUGGAGGUUCCUAUUCCAGAGGAAAUGUUGACCAAUAUGGGCACCACUGGUUUCAAUCGUUGGCAGAACUUGAAAACUCUAAUGAAUAAUGCUCAAGUUGCUGAUAAGUCAUCUGGUCUAUCUGCACCUUCAAAUAAUGAAUUCACCGCAUUGCUUAAGCUUGUGGGUGCUCCUCUUAUUCCUCUUCAGGUUCAAUCUGAUCAUACUUUGACUCGGCCCAUUCGAGAUUGUUCCGUCAGAGAUUCAAUUGGGAAAUACAUAGUGCAACAAUAUGUGGCAGCAACCGGUGGACAAGGUGCAUUGAAUUCAUUGCAAAACAUGUAUGCAAUGGGAGAAGUUAGAAUACAUGGUUCAGAGAUGCGUCAUGGUGCCGAUGAUAACAGCGUUCAUUCAAGAGGCAAAGCUGAAGUAGGAGGUUUCGUGCUAUGGCAAAACAAUCCAGAUUUAUGGUGCUUGGAAUUGGUAGUCUCUGGUUUUAAAAUAACUGCUGGUAGUAAUGGCAAAGUAUCCUGGAACCAAUCCUCUUCUCAACCUUUUCAGUCUAACAGAGGCCCUCCUAGACCCCUUCGUCGUUUCUUCCAGGGGUUGGAUCCAAGGUGUAUAGCUAACUUGUUCCUAGAUGCUGAAUGUGUAGGGGAGAACGAAAUUAACAAUGAUUUGUGUUUCAUACUAAAAUUACAAACAGAACAACACAUCCUCCAAGCACAAAGUACCUCCAAUACUGAAAUUGUAAUGCACACAAUAUUGGGCUACUUUAGCCAACGCACAGGACUACUUGUCAAAUUUGAGGACACUAAGUUGGUGAGAAUGAAGACAGUUAAAGGAAAAGACUCCGUAAUUUGGGAAACAAACAUUGAGUCUACUAUUGAUGAUUAUAAAUGUGUUGGUGGCAUUAACAUAGCUCAUGGUGGGAAGACAAUUUCCACGCUUUAUAGGUACGGCGCGGCACAUAAUCACAAACAAAUGAUUGAGGAAAUAUGGAGUAUUGAAGAAGUUGAUUUUAACAUUUUUGGAUUGUCUAUGGAUUGUUUCCUUCCUCCCUCAGAUCAUGAGAGAGAACAACAUGAUGUUGCAGAGCAUACAGUGUGAAUGAGUUAGGAUUUUGAUUCAGCUUCUCUCAACUCCUCAAUCUGUAGGAAGUGUACAUAAAAUAUAGACAAGUAUAGGUGAAUCAAAAGUUUUUGUACAUUGUCCUAUACUUGGAAGGUCAAAAAUUUAUCUUCUUGAAGAAGAAUUUUUACUUGA